AUGUCAAGUGCUAAACAUCAAACACAUGACGGCACUAAACGAAUUUCAGAGCCUUCAGAUGGCCCGAAUAACAUCCAACAGCAUUUGGACCUCCCACCUACUUUAAAAGUUGUGCUUUUAGGAGAUCUGGGUGUCGGAAAAACUUGCUUACGUUCCCAAUUUGUCCACCAUAUGUUUACCAACGCAUACAAAGCUACAAUCGGCGGCGAUUAUCUAACAUCAACUAUCAAACUAUCGCCACUAGAGAAAGAUACUUCGGCUUUUGAGGGUGACGUCACUGCCAGUUCAGUUACAACUGUUGAUAAUACCACGACUCGAGCCAAAUCAACUAUAGAUAAAAUCAAUUUACAAAUUUGGGAUACUGCUGGUCAAGAACGAUUCAAUUCCAUAUCACAAGCAUUUUACCGUGGGGCUGACGUUUGUGUUCUUUGUUAUGACAUCACCAAUUACGAAUCAGUUUUGAGUUUAAAAGAUUGGUUUGAUAGAUUUAUGCAACAUUGUCAUGUAUCACAGCCCGGUAUUGUUAUAGUAGGAAACAAAAUGGAUCAAGGGAAAGACCGAGUUGUGGAUAAAGAAGAGAUCAAAGAUAUAAUCACCAAUACUACUACGACGACUAAUAUUGGUGACUACGUAUACGAUUGGAAAUUGGAUUUGCUUGAGGUGAGUGCAAAACAGUUGCAAUCGGUGGAGUCAUUGUUUACUAGGGUAGGUGAGUUAGGAAGGACUAUUUUACUAGGAGAUGAUUACGAACGCAGGAGGUUACAAGAGUUUGACAAUAUUGAUUUAAGAGGUGCACAUAAGGAACUUUCUUCAAGUCGAUGUGCAUGUUGA